UAGUGGCUGCUCUUUACUCUCUCCUUUACUGUCUUCGUACCGCAUACCGCUUUCGGGGCUCGUGUGAGUCAUAAACAUAACCAUAACUCAGAAACCCCGGUGGAGUUAAGCGAAAAAAGGUUUUCGACGUUCAGUUGCCGGCUAUACGCGACUCACGUCGGAGGUCUCCCCUCCUCGCAGUCUGAAAACCAACAAAAAAAAAUACCCUAAACUUCCUGUCCGCGAUAAAAGUGUGUGCGCGAGAGUAAAUAAAUAAAUUUUAUAAAAUAAAAAUAAAUAAUAAAAAAUAUAUGAAACCAUGCAAAUAUUCGAGGACUUCUGCAAAAGCUUCAACAAGGAAUUGCAACGAGCGAAUUUCGGCUUCUCAUACAAUCGCGUUCAUUUGUUCUAUAGAUCACAGUGGCAAAAGGAGGAAACCAACAUAAUAUACCUUUUAUACCGAUGGAUAUGGGCCUUGUUCUUUCUGGCGGUGUACAUCACCUGCAUAGUUGUCCAGUUCUGCGAUGGAAAGUUCUUUAUCUACAUGACCAACUGGGGAUUCGGGCUCUGUACCGUCACGAUGCUGAUUUCAGCCGUGCAGGUCACUUGCUGGCACUAUGAUCUGAAAAACACGCGGAGCCUGGUACAGGAAUCUGGAAACAAGGCCAAAACGACCAAGGGACUGAAGAUAUAUUGGUGGCUCUACAAUAUGACUCUUUCCUUGGCGCUAAUCAUUUCAACAGUGUACUGGGUGUUCCUCCAUGGCAAGAUGAACAAACCUACACGCUUUCCUACCAUCAGCAUCAUCACCCAUGGACUGAACUCUCUGAUGAUGCUGAUCGACUUCCUGGUGGUUGCAUUUCCGCUCAGGAUAUUGCACAUGAUCUACGGGAUGAGUCUGGCGAUAUUCUUCUUCAUUUUCACCCUCAUAUACCAUUUAUGUGGUGGCACAGAUGAAUUCGGCAAUCAUUAUGUGUAUCCCAUUCUGGAUUGGAAUAAUCCCCAGCGAUGCCUGGUGACCUUUGUGGGGAUCUUCAUUCUGAUUCUCUGCUACUGGCUGCUGCUCUUCGGACUGUACAAGCUGAAGAGGAUGUUCAAUAGGGCCUUCAGUGUGGUCUGGACUCCCCAUGCCGUGGGCCUCAUAUAAGGGAUAGAAUAGACA